AAUUUCGAGAAACCAAGUGAUAUUUGGCAACAUUUUCAUUUCGACAUCAAAAUAAAAUUGUAUGUGGAAGUAAAGUAUAUUCAAUUGUAAUCGAUAUGACGACACCGACUUUAUAAAUGAAAGGUCCCGCCGCUCGUGCCUCCAGUUGAUCCGCAACAGUGCAACGUUCGGCUACAGUGCGAGCCAACGUUCAGCUGACUUUACGUCACAACACAAUACAUCGCCGUGUAGCAAGUGUUUGUGUGUCAUUGAUUACAUAAAGAUGCCGUGCCCGUUCUUGGGAUCGCUGAACCAAGCCUUCGUAAGGAAUUACGGGGCGACCCUGAUGAAACAAUACGGGAACUACUGCCCGAUCAUUUCGCGCGGUUUCCGCUCGCUCGGCAACGACGAAACGAAAUGCCCCUUCAUUCAGCAGAACUCUAUCAUUUCCGAAGCUCCCAAGGAGAUGACCGAGGACAUCGUGGAGCCGGUCCAACCCUACAAGUACGAGAAGUUCUUCCACGAGCAGAUUAACGCCAAGAAGAAGGACUACUCGUACCGUGUGUUCAGGAAGGUGUCACGGUUGGCCGCCGACGGUGCGUACCCUAGCGCACUGGAGGGUACCGACAAUCACCGCGUCACCGUGUGGUGCGCCAACGACUACCUGGGCAUGUCGCGCCACCCCGCCGUGCAGGACGCCGCCAUCAGCGCCAUCCGCUCCUACGGCACCGGUGCUGGAGGCACGAGGAACAUCGCUGGUAACUCCCAGAUGACUGAGAAACUUGAGUCUGAGAUAGCUAAGCUCCAUAACAAACCUGCAGCACUGAUAUUCAGUUCCUGUUUUGUUGCUAAUGAUGCUACACUCUCCACUCUGGGGAAGAUCCUGCCAGAAUGCAUUAUUUACUCUGAUGCUGGAAACCAUGCAUCAAUGAUUCAGGGUAUAAGGAACAGCCGAUCACCAAAGCAUAUAUUUAGACACAAUGAUCCAAACCAUCUUAGAGAAUUAUUGGCUAAAUCUCCCGAAGGAGUGCCAAAACUAGUCGUUUUUGAGACUGUUCAUUCCAUGAGCGGGGCGAUCUGCCCCUUGGAAGAGAUGUGCAAUAUAGCACAUGAGUAUGGAGCUUUAACUUUUGUAGAUGAAGUGCAUGCUGUGGGUCUGUAUGGUAAACAUGGGGCUGGCAUCGGGGAAGAGCGUGGACUGCAAAACAAAAUUGAUAUUGUGUCUGGAACAUUGGGAAAAGCCUAUGGUAAUGUUGGAGGGUACAUUGCGGGUUCAUCCCUUCUGGUAGACACCAUCAGGUCUUUGGCACCGGGUUUCAUCUUCACCACUGCCUUACCACCUCCUGUCCUAGCAGGAUCUUUAGCAGCCAUUAGACUCCUCGCUAGCCAGGAAGGAAGGGACCUCAGAGCAAAACAUCAAGCGAUCGUCCGUUACUUGAAGCUCUCUCUGCUGGUGGCCGGCCUGCCUCAACUACCAUCUGUGAGCCACAUAGUGCCCGUCCCAAUCAAGGGCGCGGACAAAGUGGCCCUGGUGGCCGAAUCUUUAAUGAAGAGGGGACAUUAUGUCCAGUCCAUCAACUACCCGACGGUGGCGCGCGGAGAGGAGAGGCUGCGGUUCGCGCCGGGCCCGUACCACUCGCCAGAGAUGAUCGACAGCCUCGUCAGUGCCCUCAUCGAAGCAUUCCACGAGAACAACAUCGCAUUCAACGAGUUCAUGGUUAACGGCACUUGUCGCGAAUGCAGCAUGGAGUACAAGGUGGACGUCGGGUACGAAGAGCCCCUCAAAUACCCGAUGCUGGUCGCGUAGACAUGACAUUAUCAACGCUUUAAUAUGUUAAAGGUGUAAAGUUUAUUUCCGUUAUUUAUGGUGGUUAGGGGUAAUUAAAUGCGUGGCAAUGGA